AUGUCUGGUCGCGGGAAAACCACCGGGAAAGUCAGAGCCAAGGCAAAGACCCGCUCCUCUCGUACCCGCUCCUCUCGUGCCGGCCUUCAGUUCCCAGUCGGCCGUGUUCACAGGCUUCUGCGUAAUGGUAAUUAUUCUGAGCGUGUCGGUGCUGGAGCCCCCGUUUACCUGGCGGCGGUGCUGGAGUAUCUGACCGCUGAGAUCCUGGAGCUGGCUGGAAACGCCGCCCGCGACAACAAGAAGACCAGGAUCAUCCCCCGUCACCUGCAGCUGGCUGUCCGCAACGACGAGGAGCUCAACAAGCUGCUGGGCAAAGUCACCAUCGCUCAGGGCGGCGUGCUGCCCAACAUCCAGGCUGUGCUGCUGCCCAAGAAGACCGACAAGGCCGCCAAGGCCAAGUAA